UUCUUUAUGGAACAUUUUAAAAUUGUGCUAAAGAUGAUUUUAAAUGUAAUAUUGAACUAUGAAAACUGUCCUAGAAAUCAGCUUAUUUAUAUAUUCCUGCUAGAAAGUAUCUAGAGAGAAAAUUUUUGUAUUUUAUUACCUUUUAUAAAAAUAUUAUACAUUAAGGGGGGAUUCUAGUCUAGAGAUUUGGAAAAAUCAAAAAUAAUUUUUUUUUUAAUUUUUUACAAGUAUUUGCCCUAUAGAAUAAAUGACUAAAAGGAUUUUUUCCGAUUUGAAAAGCUAACAUGAGUUUAAAGCCUAGAAAGGAGGGAUUCCCCAUUGCGCGCUCCGAGCGCGUUUCACUUUGGGAUUUCGAAGCGCGCUAGAAAUCUCGAGUAGGGAUUAUAUUUCGGUUCUGGCUUAAAUGAUCAUUACUUUUCGAAAUUCAUGAAGUACCUGAGCUGACCGUUCAAAUGUUAAAUAAAGGUUCGAUCAUGCUUUGUUUGUAAACAACCAGCUGCUCGAAAACCAGCAUUGCUCUGAACGUUGAGGUGAGCAGACACGAGCAACUUGCAGGAUUGUGUUUUCCGUUAUUUUUUUAUAUUUAAUUAUAUUUUGUUAAAAAAUGGACAAAAAAGGCUCUAGAAAAAAAGGAUUCAUCCGGAACGCCAGAGGAAACGACGCUUUUGUGGAAAUCGCUUUACACUUGAGAAGGAUACUGAACUCACCAGUACUUCGGUAAAAAAAAUUAUCAACUUCCGAAGAUAUUGAUUUCGUUAUUUCAAGAGAAUUCACGUAUUGCAUUUUAUACAGUUUUUACAAUAUCGGCAUCUCUUGUGAUUUGUAAAGUGUGCAACAAAGAUGUGCAAAUUUCACAGACAUCAUUUCGAGGCUUGGGAUUCAAGAUUUGCAUCAAAUGCGUGUGGUGAAAAGUUCAUCAAUUCUUCGCCUUUUACUAACGAGGCUUAUGAAAUAAAUCGACGAAUGGUUUUCGUUUUUCGUCUUUUGGGUGUUGUGAAAGAAGGCAUAAAUUUAUUUUGUAAUUUAAUGGACAUGUCUAGUGGCCUCACUGUGAAUACUUAUUAUGUCUGCCUUGACAAUAUUCACCUCGCAGUUUCUUCAGUGUACAAUGUAAUUUUAAAGAAAGCUAUUGAAGAGAAAAACCCAAAAAAUAAAGACGCUGGAAAUAUCGAAAAUCAUCUCACAGUUUCUGGUGACGGUACUUGGAAGCAAAGAGGGUACUCAUCUCUCUUUGGCGUAUCAACACUCAUCGGUAAAUAUUCGAAAAAAGUGAUUGAUGCUACAGUAAAAAGUAGUUUUUGUCAAGCGUGUAACUUUUGGAGUAUAAAAAAGAAUGGAGAUAUUGAUGAAUAUAACGAAUGGUAUAAGACACACGAAAAAAACUGCUCUAUCAAUCAUAAAGGAAGUGCAGGAAAGAUGGAAACCAAUGAAAUCACAGAAAUGUUUUCAAGAUCGAAAGAGAAGAACGAUGUCCUUUAUGUGAAAUACAUUGGAGAUGGCAAAACUUGGAGAUGGCAAUACAUUGGAGACAGUAAAACUUUCAAAAACAUUUCGACUGUUAAUCCAUAUGAAGAAGAUAAUAUUACUGUGGUUAAAAAAGAAUGCGUCGGACAUGUCGAAAAAAGGAUGGAAACGAGACUUCGAAACGCAAAAAAAGAUAACAAAGGUAUCGGUGGCAAAAGUGCUGGUAAGCUGACAGACAAAAUGAUCGGAGAACUUACGAAGUACUACGGCUUGGCUAUUUGAAGACAUCCAGAUUCUGUUGCUGACAUGCGGAAAGAAAUAUGGGCAGCGUAUUAUCAUAAAAGUUCUGCCGACGAAAAACCGCAACACCAAAACUGUCCAGAGGGCGAGGAGAGCUGGUGUAAGUGGCGCAAAGCCAAAGCCGACGGCACACUUCCCAAUUUCCAACAUCAAAAUCCGCCGCUCAGUGAUAAGGUAUUAGAAGUAAUAAAACCUAUUUACGAAGAUUUGUCAAGUGAUAAACUGUUGGACCGUUGUUUGGGCACGGAAACGCAGAACAACAACGAAUCUUUGAAUGCGAUAAUUUGAACCUUUGCUCCGAAACACUUUCACUGUGGCUUAAAAACGAUUGAGAUUACGACGGCUGUUAUUAUAUUUAAUGAAGGAUUGUUACCUGUCCUGAAAGCCAUGAAUGUUAUGGGAGUAACGAUUGGUCGACAAGCGGAGAUGUACGUUCAUCUUCGCAACGACGCGCGCAUUUUACGAUCGGAGUGGUGAUCAUCUAAUUUUGCAAAAGACCAAAGAGUGCUGCUUCAGGAGGAAAGAUCGGUAUUGCAGGAGAUGUACGAGCAAGAGAAAGGUCUUUUCUGUGGCCUAGGAAUCGCUGAUUAAAUAUCACUACAACGGCCGGAAUAAUGGACACCGUUUAUCACCUUUUUUUUUAACGGGUUAGAAAAACCACAUGUACCGCGCUUCUUAAUUUAUAUUUUAAAAUUAAAAAAUUUUGAAAGAUACUUGAAAGAUACUUGAAAGGUGUACCAAUAUGUAGGAAAAA